AUGGAGGACAAAGGCUGCCUGAGUUCCGAGCUCGAAUCGAUUAUCGACGAAUUUUCAAGAAUACGAGAUGCAUACGUAUCGCUGAAGGCGUACAGCGACGUCCAGGGAGAGAGUUUAAUGAUGGAGAGACAGUCUUUGAAUAAAAUGAAGGAGAAUUUCGAGAAAUUGUCGCAAAGCUAUGCGCUUCUCGAGAAGCGAUAUAAAUCGAUGAUGGAUGAGUUUAAUACGGAAAAGCAGAAUAUGCAGGGAACGAUCCAGGAACUCCGUGAGCAAUGCGACCAUUUGCGACUGGUUGUCAUAGACCGUAAUGGCGACGACGGUCAAGUGUGCAAUUUAGAGAACGAAAUCACAGCCUUGAAAGCAGAGUUGGUAGCUCAGGCUGCGAAGCACAAGGAAGAAAUUGCUAUUCUAAAGCAGGCACACUCUGACGAGCUACUCAGAUACCAUGUGCUGUUGCAGAAUGCCAAACUGGAGGCUGCAUCGGAUGAAAACAAGAAACAGAAACGCCAAAGGAAACCGGGAAAUAAUGAGAAGGAGAAUGUGAACGGCUUCAGGUGGCCAGAAUUGUCUAUAGAGAGAAUCAGCACGGCCCCGAGAAUCGUUGAUGUAAAAGAAGUACACUUCGAAAAUGUUGGAACUAAAAAGAGAAGAUUGUAUCGCGAGAACGACGAGGAUGCGGUCAGCUUGGUUUAAUCGGAAACGAAACGAAACAAGGACAGGCUGUGUCGACAAACGUGUGUUUGGUCCAUAUAAAAUGUAUAAUUAAUAAGUAAUUCAGUUUUGUACAAAUAUAAGUAAUUCACUCUUGUUCAUACCUCGA